AUGGCUGUUCCUCUUGUUAUUCACUUCAAAAGAGACAACGAGGCUUUCUUCCUCCCCAGCCUGAGAAAUGUGGACGUUUUGACAUUCCAUCUGAAGAAAUACAUUGGCAUUUCAAAGCAGCUAUGUGAAAGGCUGAAGAAAAGAGAGAAAUAUCCAAACGUCUCUGAAGACAGCAAUGGAGAACUCAUUCAGGAAGAGUUCAUUCCUGACCAUUUGGACCAGCUAGGAGAUAUAAAGACCCCAAGGCUUUUGGUACUUUACAGGAACGACCCGCACCUCAGGUUGACAUUCCUCUUCCAAGAAAAAGCUGAAGCUUUCAUCGACGAGUUCAGCCAGCGCCGCACCAAGAUGGAGCAGUUCCUCUCUGAUCUGGAGGAGACUGAGAAAAAGCUGGACAAUAUGAAACGUGGUGCCAGUAUCUCCAAUGUAGCUGGCAGUUCAGUGGGGGUGGCAGGGGGCAUAUGUUCCAUUGUUGGUCUGGCCUUGAUUCCAGUGACCGCAGGUGGCUCCUUGGCUCUCAUGACGGGGGUUGGUCUCGGGCUUGGCAGCGGUUUGACCAGUCUGGUCACUGGCGUCACAGAAGUACUGUUCAACAAACAUCAUGGACAGAAUGUUAAUAACAUAUUCAAGAAUUUCAUGGAGGAUAUGCAGAUGCUUAUUGAGAUAUUGGAGAAGGUAGCAGAUGGCAAUAUAAAUGGUUCAGAGAAGACAGUUGGGACAGAUAGGGCAGAUAACAUAGGUGCUGCAGUAAAGACAGUGAGGGCUGGAGGUAGAGUUAUUAGAAUUGGGAAGGGCAUAGAUACAUUAGUAGAUGACUUUGGACAGGUGUUCAAAGGAAAUCCAUUGGCCCUCUCCAAGGCUGCACGGUCUGGCUUCAUUGCUCUCAAUGUACUUUUCAUUGGUUUAGACAUCUUCUUCAUCUGCAAAGAAGGCAGGAAUCUGUCCAAAGGAAGUAAAAAUGAGUUGGCCCAGACCAUCCGCUCCAGAGUAGAUCUGUGGCGCUCCGAGCUGGAGUCCUGGUCCAGGAUCUACGAGUCCUUGAAAAUAGGGACCAAGAGCCGCAAGAGGAACCAGAGUAUUCUGAACAGCCGUUUUAGCCCAAAUGCAGUGUUUACUGAGGAGUAUUAAAACUGACAGAAUAGAAUAUUUUUGAUGUCACUAAUUUUAUGUACUAGGAGCUCAACUAAAAUGGCUUUACUGUUCUUGACCUGGCACUGGCACCAUGUAAUGGCACAAUAUUAGUCUCACAUCAGUUUAAUAGAUCCAUGAACAUUGAGGUGAAGGGAAGCUUAUCAGAUCACCCUUUUAUUGUACUGACACUGACCUUUCUCUGACUAACGUGUUACUACUGUAAUUCGGUUAUUACAAGCAAAAUGUGAUCCUUAUCUAACAGCAAUGUUCAAUGAUCUUCCGUACAUUGUAUGAACGUGCCCAACACAUUUGUGAUC